AUGGGUGUGAAAGGACUCAACCAGCUCAUUAAAGAGCAUUCACCUGGUGCCUUCAAGGAGUUUCAGUUGAAAAACUUAUUUGGUCGUAAAGUUGCUAUCGAUGCCUCCAUGUGCUUGUACCAGUUCCUUAUUGCCGUCAGACAAUCAGAUGGGCAGCAAUUGACCAACGAGAGCGGAGAAACGACAUCUCACUUGUCUGGUAUGUUCUACAGAACAAUCCGUAUGGUGGAAAACAAUAUCAAGCCAGUAUACGUCUUUGACGGAAAACCUCCUGUCUUAAAAGGAGGCGAACUUGAAAAGAGAUUAUUGAAAAGAGAAGAAGCUCAAAAGCAGAUUGAUUCUAUCAAGGAUACUGGAACUGUGGCAGAAGUAAUGAAGUUUGAGAAAAGACUUGUUAGAGUCUCCAGAGAGCAAAAUGACGAGGCAAAGAAGCUUCUAGAACUCAUGGGAAUACCGUACGUAAAUGCGCCCUGUGAAGCCGAAGCUCAAUGUGCCGAAUUAGCUAGAACUGGAAAGGUGUUUGCAGCUGCUUCCGAAGAUAUGGACACCUUGUGCUAUGAACCACCUUACUUGUUGAGGCACUUGACUUUUGCCGAAGCCAGAAAGAUGCCGAUCAACCAGAUCACCUACUCGGAAGCAAUUGCUGGGUUGGAAAUGACAAAACCGCAAUUCAUCGAUAUGUGUAUUCUUCUUGGUUGUGACUACUGUGAAACCAUCAAGGGAGUGGGUCCCGUUACAGCCUACAAGCUUAUCAAGGAACAUGGCUCAUUAGAAAAGAUCAUUGAACACAUCAAUAGCAACCCUACUUCCAAGUAUAAAGUGCCAGAAAACUGGCCGUACGAUGAAGCCAGACAGUUAUUCAUGGAUCCAGAGGUCACAAAAGGUGAAGAAGUCACUUUGAAGUGGAAAGAGCCAGAUGUAGAAGGACUUAUCCAAUACAUGGUCAGAGAAAAGGGAUUCAGCGAAGACAGAAUCAGAAGCGGAGCAGAAAAGUUGAAGAAGGGAUUGAAAACAGGAGUCCAGGGAAGAUUGGAUGGAUUCUUUCUGGUUGUAGCUAAACCUGGAGCUAAGGCUGGAGACAAGAAGGGUGAUAAGAAGAGAGGUAGUGAUUCCAAAGCUAGUAACAACAAGAAGAAAAGAAAGUGA